GUUGUUUGGUGUGGUUAUGAUGACGAAGAGUAACAACCUUCCACACAAGGUUACCUUCCACAGUCUCACCACUUCACAAUAUCAGUGCCAGCACUCAGCCCACCCAGUUUGUGCAUACGGAGUUGAGUUGGUCCUUAUCAGAGCUUAUAAAGCAGUCUCGGGGCAAAGACAUUCCAUGCUCACCUGGGUGUUCCAUGAAGAGACCAAUACAGAAAGGAGACAUCCAUCUCACACUAAAGCUUUCAAUCUGAUUGGCUGAGAUGGCUACCUUGAAGGAGAAGAGGACCUGUGGACAACGAUGUGAGGACUUUGGGCGCUUUGUCUGGAACCCAGACCAUGGAACGUUUAUGGGCAGGACCCCUGUCAAAUGGGUUUGCAUCAGCCUGUACUAUGUGGCGUUUUAUGUGGUGAUGACGGCGCUGUUUGCUCUGGCUUUAUGGACGCUGAUGUACACCCUCGAUCCAUAUGCACCAGACUACCAGGAUCGAUUACUUUCGCCUGGAGUAAUGGUUUGGCCGGACGUGUACAAUGAGGAGAACCUAGAGUUGUUUUACAACAUGUCUGAGAAGAGCAGCUUGGACAGAAUGGCCCAGUGCCUGAGAGACUUCCUCAUCCCUUACAAUGACACCCUACAGGAAAGCUGCCAUAGAAUGCACCAAUGCAAGCCAGGACACUACAAUUUACAGACAUCGUUUGAUGCUCCGGGACACACAAAGUGGUCUUGCCCCUUCAACCAAUCCGUGCUUGAACAGUGUUCUGGACUGGAAGACCCUACGUUUGGCUACAAUGGAACAAAGCCAUGUGUCAUCAUCAAAAUGAAUAGGAUAAUUAGUUUCCUGCCCAACAACGGAACUGGCAUGGCGCCCUAUGUCAACUGCACUGCAUUGGAAGGACAUGAAAAUGUGGACUGGAUAGAGUACUUCCCCUCCAACGGCACCUUCGACCUCUCCUACUUCCCCUACUAUGGAAAGCAAGCGCAGCCAUCUUAUGUGAAUCCCCUAGUGGCCGUGAAAAUCCACCUGAUUGGCCAGCGCUCUGCUAAGAUCCAGUGUAGGGUUGUGGCUCACAACAUCGGCUACGAGAACUUCUAUGAACCUUAUGAAGGCAAAGUCAUCUUCCAAAUUAAGGCCACAAGUUAAACCCUGCUGACACAGCAAUAACACCUGUUAAUGGAGACUAUUCACAGAUCAAAUGUAAAUUGUACUUUUGGAUGCCUUGCAUCUGAAAAGAAUUGUAUGUGUAUAUAGUAAACAUCACCAUGCAAUAACAUGAUACACUUACAUGUAUUUUUACAGUAGCAAAGCAAAAGAGAUCAAAACCACAAAUCAUUUUGUCUCUUGCUCUGUGGUUGUAUUCAUGAAAUGGCUCUUUAAAAACAUGUGUAGUACAGUGGUUAAGUUAUAGUUCAGAAACACAUGCAGUCCGGUAAAGAAAUCAGUAACAUUAGAGUGAAUGAGCAUUCAACCUCCAUUGAUAGUUUCUGGUUUUGCUGUAUAUUAAAGCUGAAUUAAAACACAGACCUCUUCUGUUUAAAUCAUCUGUUUGUAGUCUGUAUGUGUUGUUUGGCUCCCUCACCCAAGGAUCAAGUGUUGGAUCUUGUAUUUGUGUCAAAUGUGUUAUGUAAAAUUAGCAGGGCUCCUUUGAAAGACAUAAACAUCCUCAACUUGUUAUGGUUCAUUGUGCCAAUAUGGCCUAUUAAUAAUGUUUGUAAUAUUCCAAAUGGACAUGCUAGCAAAAUAAAGGAUUUUUAAAGUUUAA